GAGUAAUAGGCCUCCCUAGUAUCUCCCUGAACAACACAUAUAAGUAGCUCAGCCGUUGAAGAAAUAACGGCUCCCGCACCUGGAUAUUAACCGGUAACAACCGUCCGAAUCUCGAGAAUGCCAUCGAUUCCAUCCCUCUUCAGCUUUGCUAGUAACCUGAUAUCACAACUCCCCCUCGGAUCAUUCAAUCCCGCAGCCCCAACAUACAACCCUCCUCUCACAAACGGACCAACAUGUCCAGCAGACUCGCCAUUGUCAUGCCAUAACAGUACUGCAGCUCCAGAUUCUUGUUGCUUUAUCUAUCCCGGUGGGCAGCUUCUCUUAACUCAGUUUUGGGAUACCAACCCAACUAUUGGUCCUGUUGAUUCAUGGACAUUGCACGGUCUAUGGUAUGUGCCACCUCUCCUCCUCGCAUCGUUACCUCCAAGCUUUUCGAUCAAAACAUUAUACUAACACGCCCAGGCCCGAUCUCUGCGAUGGUUCCUACCCAACAUACUGCAAAUUCGCCCCUCAAUCCCACGCCAUAACACCCCUCCUCUCCGCCCGAGCUCCCGACCUACUAGAAUACAUGGAAACCUACUGGCAGCCCAACCGGGGCACCCUCGAGCACUUCUGGCAGCACGAGUGGAACAAACACGGAACCUGCAUCAACACGCUGUCCGCAAAGUGCUACGGCGAGACUUUCUCAACCGGCGAUGAAAUUGUGGAUUUCUUCACCCGAGCAGUCGAAUUGUUCAAGGGGUUGGAUAGUUAUAAAGCGCUUGCAGCGGCGGGUAUCACGCCGAGUUGGACGGAGAGGUAUGAUUUGGAGGAUAUCGAGGAGGCGUUGAGGAGUGUUACUGGGAGUGAGGUUACGCUGGGGUGUAAGGGGAAUAGACUUGAUCAAGCGUGGUAUUCGUUUAAUGUCAAGGGGAGCUUGCAGAGUGGCGAGUUUGUUCCUACGGAUCCGGUUGGGAAGGGUCUGAGAUGCCCGAGAAGAGGGAUUAGAUAUUUGCCCAAGGACUAGAGAGUUUUCUGUUCGGGGGUAUGAUGGUGCUUGUAGGAUACAAAGCAUGUGUGGCG